CAUAGCAGACUUACAUAGCAGUGAAACGCACGGCCAUUUUAUAAUCCGCAGCUUGGCUGUUACAUUUGCCAUUUAAACGGCUUUAGUCCAUCUUUUAAUGAUGGGCCAGUGUGGGAUCACGUCGUCUAAGACCGUCUUGGUGUUUCUGAACCUGAUAUUUUGGGCGGCUGCUGGCAUCCUGUGCUAUGUUGGAGCCUACGUGUUCAUCACGUAUGAUGACUAUGACCAUUUCUUUGAGGAUGUGUACACCCUGAUACCAGCUGUUGUCAUUAUCGCGGUUGGUGCGCUCUUGUUCAUUAUUGGACUCAUAGGAUGUUGUGCCACUAUUCGAGAGAGCCGCUGCGGUCUUGCCAUGUUUGUCAUCAUUCUUAUGUUGGUGUUUGUAACUGAGGUGAUCGUGGUGGUGCUUGGCUACAUUUACAGAGCGAAGGUGGAAGAUGAGGUCAAUCAUUCCAUCCAGAAAGUGUAUAAUGAAUACAAUGGCACCAACUCGGAUGCUCCCAGCCGUGCUAUUGACUAUGUGCAGAGACAGCUCCAUUGCUGCGGAAUCGCCAACUACUCUGACUGGAAGAACACAAGCUGGUUCAAGGAGUCUCGGAACAACAGUGUACCGCAGAGCUGCUGCAAACCCAACGUGAGCAACUGCACUGGCUCCCUCUCCCGCCCUGGAGACCUCUACCCUGAGGGAUGUGAAGCCCUGGUUGUGAAGAAACUGAAAGAGAUUAUGAUGUAUGUCAUCUGGGCCGCGCUUACGUUUGCUGCGAUUCAGAUGCUGGGAAUGUUGUGUGCCAGUGUGGUGCUGUGUCGCAGAGGCCGAGAUCCAGCCUAUGAGCUACUCAUGACUGGAGGAACGUAUGCAUGAAAAAAUAUACCAGACAGACUCUUUUCAUGCACACACACACACACACACACACACCCCCACUGGGCUCCGGGUUCUGUCGGUGUGAGGUGGCACACUGGAUAUGCCCUAAUUUAUCUCUGUUUCUACACAUCACACCGGGUUUGCUCACACAGUGCACUGGUGAUGGGUGAAGCAAAUUGCAUCCUAUUUAUUUAUAUAUGUCACUUAAUACAAUUGCAUUUUAAUUUAAUUUUGUUUUUUUUUCUCAAAGGCUUCAGGCCAAACUGCAAAAUGGCGAACCAAUUGUUAAUCCCAUUGAGAAGACUUUAACACACAAAUUGCUUAAUAUUUUCUCUCUGUUAUAUGGAGUUUUCGCGUGAGUGAAGAAGAGAUGCCGUUAUUAUAUGGAAUAAUAUGUGGAAUGUAUACUUUCUUCAUUUGUUAGUUUGCACUAAGUGUACACUUUAGUUCUGUUACAAAUACCGAGGUGAAUCUGGUAAAUGGCUGGGGUGGGUAAAUGCUUUGAUAUGUUUAGAGAGGAUCCACACACGGUACCACUGUCUAUGAUGUCACCCUUCACCAGUCUGCUGCUCAGGGUCAGUGGCAGUGUGAGAGACCAGACAAAAUUGCUUGGCAAAAUAGGUCCAAUCAGACAGCUAAAAUGAACUAUGUUCAAAAUGGGGUUCACAUCAGUAUACGUGUAAAGAUGCUUUGGGGAAUAAUCUACAUGCACUACCUACCAUUUACUGAACCCUAAUCUUUUUACCCCAACGUUUUUUCAUUGCUUAUAGUGUGAACAUUACUAUUCUAGUAAUAUGUAGAUUUAACAGUUACUUUGGAUUGGUAUUUAGUACAGGUUCAACAGUGUAUUAUUUUAAAUGAAUGUAAAUAGUUAAGGAGAAAAAAUGAUGAAUUAA